AUGCCCGUUGAUGGCAGGCCGUGGUUGUCAACGUCCAACGUGCUCUUCAUGAGUACAUUGUUCGUCGUCAGCUGCCUGUACCUGAUCUGGGUACCACUCCGACGCUUGUUCGUCCACCUCCGGCGAUCACUCGCUCACAACCGUGCCAAUCGCGCAGCCGCUCACCUCGCUACCGUCAUGGCAGCAGAGAAGAGCACAGCCCAGCUCAAGAAAGCGAGCAAACUAUCUCAGCACACCGCUCCUCCGCGGCGAAAGUCGACCCCUUCGACCUCGCCCGCGCUGAUCCCGCCUGGCAGCUUCUCAGGGCCGGCCAUGCAGUCGAUCCAUCAGGACAUGCCCAGAGUAUGUACUUGCGGAGCGCCCGUCUUGGGCCCAAGCGGUCAGAUAGCUGUUGCCAAGCCUGCGCCCAAACGAGCCACCGCCAGUGCUGCCAACACGCCCGUGCCCGCCAGUCUCGCUCAGCUGGACGUAGUAGCACACGAAAGUCCGAGCAAUGACAAGUACCUAGCCAACCUACCUGAUGACCGAUCCACGAGAAUCACCAAGGAUGCUGCCACUCAGGUCGAGCGCGACGAACCGUACGGCUCGCCCUCCUUGACGCCCGUAAGGCCUGCCGUAGGACGCUCGUCAAGCUCUACAUCGAGCAACAGCUCCGCUGCGCGCUCGUUCAGCUUGUCAGACUCGCUUCACUCGGCUGCCGCAUCGACCUCAGGGACAUCCGCACGUUCGGCCCAUGGCAACUCGCCGCUCGACACCGUAGAGGGAGCGCAAGCCAACGAUGACACUUUUGAUGCAUCCCUCUCGCCGAUCUAUGCACACAUGAGUCAGACGUCAAAGCACGUCCAGCGCACGGGCGCCGAUAGUCGCGUCAUGGAUCGAUCGCCUUCCGAAAGCUCAUGGCAAAGCGAUGCAAGCUACGAUCGUGGUGUCAUGACCCCUCCAGACAGCGUCGAGAGGAGCAUCAACACGCGCAAGGCGUCAAUAAGCCACGUUGCUGCAAGGACGAGCAUUCGCCAGCACGCGGCGGCACGCUCGGCCAAAGCAGACAGCGCAUCAGAUCGCCUCUUUGGUUCACGAGAUCGUAGGGAGUCAGAACGCUCGGACCACUUGUCUCCAGUGCAGUCCAAUCGGGCAGCCGCAAGGCCAACAUCCCAGCAGCAGCAAGCACAAGCAACAUCGCAGAAGCCAAGAUUGAGCCAGCAGGUGCCUUGGCAAGCUACGCUUUCUGGCAGCGUGCCUCAGCGUCAGGCUUACAACGCACCCUCCAGCCCUUCGCCGGGCAUGCUGUCUCCGACUGCUUAUCGUCAGCCUGCCCAACCUACACGAGCUCAGAUGGACGCCUACAACGCGCGAGACGUGCAUCCUGCGCAAGCCAAUGUCCAUCCGAUCACUCAGAACCCUUAUUUUGCUACCACUACGCCGCCCGUCUCGCCGGGGGCGCUGACGAUGCUCGCGGCACAGCAGCAGAUCAUGCACAUCAGUCAACAGCUCGGUCUGAUGCCCACAUUUUCGCCCAUGCCGCGCGCUGCCCCGACGCUCCAGGGCUACGCAGCUGUUGCAGCUUCAUCUCUUCCCGCAUCGCCUGUGCCUGCCAAUCGCCACAAUCAGUCGCGAGGCCAGGCAUACCCAGCAGGACAGUACCAGCAAGCGGGCCAACACAUCACAUCCGCCCGGAGACCGCCCAAUGGGUACGCAUCUUCAGAGCUGUCUAGCCCACACGGAUCAGCAGCGCAGGCCCAGCGUCGUCCUGCUUCUGCGUCCGAUUCGAGCGCUUCUGGACCGGCGCACGGCGCGCCUUUCCUCGCAUUGUCGCGACAAGUCGACGAGAUGAUGGUCGACCUCCAAGGUGCUCAGCAAGCAUUGCUGGAAGCAGAGAUCCAGAAGGAGCGUCUCAUCAAAGAUGUCGAAGUCGCCAAUUGGCGCGCAGAGUGUAUACACGAGGACUGGCUCAUAAUAGGCAGAGAGACCCGCAAUCUUGUGCAACAGCUCACAGAUGCCCUGCGAAUCGCCCAAGUGCGAUCGCGCAGAAACUCGGCGGUCGAUGACGUGACCCGACUCAGUCCUGCUUCAGCGCAAGUCAACCCGAACAAAGGUAUACCAGAAGUAUCGGUCGCAAGUGCAGACUCGAGCAGACCAACCGGCCUGACCAUAGUCACUCAGGAUGCGCUCCUGUCCUCGACUUCCUCGCCUCGUGCCGACCUGCUGCACAAUAGCCUCAUCGAUCGUGCAGAGUACGUAGCGGAUGAUCUCGAGAGGCAGCUGCAGCGUGACAUUGCAACGAUGUGUGCUUCAUCGGCUUACAAGGCCCAGGACAUGCAGCCGAAUCGGGGGCCGACUCGGCGCCGUUCCGCCCGCCGCCGACGCAGUCCAGCUGGCAGUGUACCUACUUCGCCUCUGCCUUUCGACGCCGAGGGUAACGAAGUCGAGAUGACGCUCUUUUCACCGGAAUACCGACGCUCGUCCGCCGGUCAGACAUUGCUCAUGCCUAGCGGCCACAUGCAGCGCAGCACAUCCCACGAGAGUGGAUCGCGCUCGCCGGUGCUUAAUGGCAAGCUGGCACCGGAUGGUGCAGCCGUCGGCCUGGGUCUCCAUCUCCGUGAGCACAGCUCGGGCAAAGCCAGCACGACAGCGAGCACAGAUGGAGAUGACGAUGACGUUUCGCUUGUGGGCGAUGAUGCCUUUGUAGGCUAUCUGCCUCGGAUGAGCAAGACCGAAGCCCGCACAGCAGAGCCUGGCCCGGUUGAGGCUGUGCGAGCACGCACGAGGAGUGCUUCCAACCAAUUUUGA